AUGUCUCUCGCCGAAUAUAUGUUCGACCACAACGCUAAUGCCGAAGACGACCAGGAUAUUUUAGAUGAAUUUUUAGACCAACGAGUCUAUGAUUCUAUGGCUCCAAACACACCGGUCCAAGGCGUGGUCAAGUCAGAAGACUUGUCUCAUUUGUUUCCCAUGCAAGACGAUUCGUUGUCUCAAGGCGCCAUUCCCAAAAACGGCACGGUUGCUCACUUCUUUACCAGUCCUGAUGACACUUCCAUGCCCCUUUCUGACCCUGUGGAUCCCACAAGAGACAGCGAAUACCUCUACGUGGACCCGGACGUGUACCGCAACAAGGAAGACAACACUUUCACCAGUUCUUUCGAUGGUCAAAUCAAAAGGCUUUCUCCUCAAGAUGAUCCAAAUUCAUUAAUACAAGAACAACCUACUCGAAAUGGCCAAGCGGGCUCCUAUCUUACGUCUUACGAUAGUCUUCGUGAUGAAGUUUCGAAACUCAAAUUUGGAAAUCCCGAAAUGAAUCCUUGUCCUCCUUCUGUCAAUGUCCUUGACCCCUCAUAUCUCGACUUUUCCCCCGCUACCAUGGCAGCACUUCCCUUUAAAUUGGACAUUGCGCCAUUACCCAGCUGUUCGCGUGUCGAAACUCAAAUCAAGAUCAACUUGGCGGUAUCCCCACCACCUCCUCAAGGUCUUCUUCACAUACCUCAAGAUUUGAUCUCGAAGAAUAAGUUUUGUUUAAUUGAACCACUUUCCACCCUUUCCCCAAAAAUCAAAGAAAACUUGCUCUACUUGGACACCUAUGUCUUGACCUCCGACCUUCGGAAGUCCUGCAAUAUUUGUCCCCGCUGUAUAAAGAGAGAGGAGAAACGGGCUUCGAGACGCAAGUCCGGCAACGAGUCAGAAACCUCCACUCUGAAUAUAGACAAGAAUGCCCCUGGAGUGGUCAAAACUAACCCGAGAUCCUGGUCUGAUCCUGGUAUGAUGAAGAAAGCAUUGAUUUUCAACUGUAAAGAGAUAGUGUCGUUUCCACGUCCCACCGGCUUGUCCAACGAUACCAAAUCUCUCGAGCUCUCUGCGAGAAUAAUAUGUUACUGCAGACACCAUAAGGAUACUGAAGGCUUUAGGCUCUUGUUUGUGCUCAAGAACAGUAAUGAUGAAGUGGUUGCUAAGCAGUUGUCCACGUCGAUCAUGAUCAUGGACAGAAAGAAGAAUACUCUCACCGCAUCUGCUCCAAGAUCACUUGACAACUCGGUAGCACCUUCAUUGGCAGGUUCGUCAACCAAUCUUCACGCACAAGCUUCUCACCACAACGUGAACUCGGAACACAGUUUAGACCUCAUCAACGACACUUUGCAUCCUCUUUCCCCUAAUUCUGUCGAUGAAUCUUCCGAACCAACUAAUACUGAUACCGAUGGCAGGGGACUCAAGCGGAAGAAGUUGUCCAUUGAUGACUCGCUCAACACUACUACAAAUCCUAUGUUUAAUGAUUCUAUGAACGGCUUUUCGCCUGUCAGCAAUAGCGACACCAACACCAACAGUUCCGCGAUCAACUUCAUGACGAAGCCUGCUCCGUAUUUGGGUAGUCAGCGCAAUCUGUUGCAUCAAGAUAUACCGACUAUUCAGCGCAUUAUUCCCGCUCAAGGUCCUAUACGAGGAGGUAUCGAAGUGACCCUUUUGGGUUUCAACUUUCGUCCUAAUUUGCAGGUCAAGUUUGGUGCUAAUCAGGCAUUAGCUACCCAUUGCUGGUCUGAAACCACCAUAGUGACUUACCUCCCACCAGCUACUCUUCCCGGUCAAGUUUUGGUAAGCUUUGAAGGCGUUGACAGUACUCCCUUCAUGGCCAAUACACAGCUGCAGGUCUUCACAUAUACCGAUGAUACUGAUCGCCAGUUGAUUGAAUUGGCGUUGCAGAUUGUUGGUUUGAAGAUGAACGGUAAGCUAGAGGAUGCAAAGAACAUUGCCAAGCGGAUUGUUGGUACCGAUAAUAAGACCAAAUCCGAGUCUCCAAUGAACAACAAUGCAGCUGCUCCUUCGCAUGCAGCAGUAACUGAAAUUCUGGGCAAGGAUUGGUUCGAUAGUGCCCAGAAAGCCGCGCAGGCACUCACAAAGUCAGAUCUCUCGUUCGAGGAGAUGUUGGUUACAUUGCUUUCGCUUGUGGAUCUUCCUAAUUGUCCAAUUGUAAUUCCUAACUGGCAAUUAUGCAAUAAACAAGGGCAAGCAUUAUUACAUUUGGCUUCCAUGAAAAACUAUUCAAGCUUGAUCAAGUUUUUGAUUGCACAUGGCUGCAAGGUGGAUAUUCAAGACAACCAAGGGUUAACACCUUUGUUCUUUGCUUCUUUGGGCGGCCAUCGUGAGUUGAUCAAGACGUUUGUUCAAUGCAAGUGUAACUGGAACAUGAAGUUGUCUAAUGACAAACAUAUCAAGGAUUAUUGUGACAUCAAUAUCUUGGACCUUUUCGAUGAAUUACAGAACUCGAGUGACUAUGGCGAUGUUGUGGAUUGCGACGCAAUUAACCGUGAAGCAAACAUCUCCAAGUCGAUGAGCAUCGAUUCCUUAAACUCCAUGUACUCUGUGAGUGUCGGUAGGCAUGUGUCAAAGAUGGUUAUGGAUAACUCGGUCGACCACAAUGAGCUGCACGGACCCGCAAAAGACUCUUUUGGGGUUGAAGACAGCACUUCUGAAUUUGCCGACUCAGAAUUCGAGUCCGAUGACGAUGAUAGCGAUUACAUCAACGACAAUGAAUCUGACUAUGGCGAUAGAUCGUCCAUAAGUGAAGAGGAUGCUCAAUCUUUGACUUCAGACUCCACCAUUUCCGGUACUGUGCCGCUGUCACCAACAGGUCUUUGGCAAAAGGUAAAGAACGUAUUUAACAACGAUGAUCUGGACACCCAGUUACCAUCGUAUGACGACUUGUUCCCAUUCGGACCAUCUUCGUCUUCGAAGCCCAAGGCCGAAGUUGAGCGUGCACUCAAUGCUGAUAACGGAUCUGAAGGCAGUUCGAGCCAACUCUCAAAGACCGCAGACGAACCAGUGACUAUUGACGAGACAAAUGAGGAUGGGGGUUUAUCUUCUGAUUCGUCCGACGAUAUUGUGGCUUUUAUUAAUCACCCCAGAAAGAAUGUUGAAAACGACAAGAUGUUGCUAUUUUUCUGGGUUCCAAUGUUGAUCGGAAUUCUUGCUUUAUUUUUCUCGGUUUCGGUGAUGGGCUACAAGUUUGAGUUCAUCGAAUCGAUCAAGACCAACAUAAGAUCAGUUAUUGGAGACGCCAUGGUUGGAAAGGAGAGAAUCAGCCGCGUGUUCAAGAGUAAUAACGGAGACCUGGUUCUCGAGGCUACUCGUAGAAUGAUUAAUGAGAUUUAA